CGAUCGCCGAAACCAAACACGUAGGUAGUGGACUUGUGGUCCUGCUGCAUUCCUCACCUCAGAGUCAGCACACAGACACACAGCCACACUGCAGUCUGCUGCUGUGUGUACAUGAGCUAAGAUAUUCAAGAAGCAUGCCACCAGUUAAACGCAGCAACAGGAAGAAGGAGGCAGCAGAAAGGAAACUGAAAACUCAAGCUAUGCACAGGGACUACUGGUCUGUCAGUGAUUACCAGGAUAAUUCUGAGGAGCUUCAGGAAAUUUUAGAUGUGUUGUUUAACUCAGUUGAAGGAAACAACUAUGUGGUUGAUUACAUGGAGAAUCAAAAUGGAACUCGUCUUAUAAUAAAAUGCAAGGUGUGCUGUAAAGAUUUGUCAUCAUACGACCCAUUUAUUACACAUGAAAAUGGCAAAAACCACAAGAAGGUUCGACAGAAAAUGAUAUGUGUUGCAGACCCGAAUCUGGAAAAUGAUAUGAAACUUCAACCUCUCAAUAAGUAUCGAGGUACUUUCGCUGAAGGAUCGCUUGAGGACCAAGUUGAUUCUACAAGAUCAAAUGUGCUAGGAAUGCAGUUUGUAUACAAAGAGAUAAUUGAUGGUGAAGAUGCCUACACAUGCCAGCUCUGCCAGAGGUCUUCUGAUGCUUAUAUGUUAUCAGCUUCCAGGAUGUUUACACAUUUGACUUCUUUAGGACACAAUCAAAACUAUUUGGAGGUGAAGUUUGGAUAUAUAAAGAAGUCUUCAAGAGAUUUUGAAGAGGAAUGUUGCCAUAUAGAAGAACUUGAAGGGAAAGUUCAUGUAAAUGUUGCUGAUUUAACAAUGCAGUAUGAUAAAGGACAUAACAACUGGCAGCAACGCAGGCCAAGAAGUCCAUCCACAUGUGAGAGGAAGCCAAAGGUACCAAAGAUUGAACCUCCAGAAGUUAUUGUCGUAGAUGACACUAAAGAAUGCUGUGUACAGAAAUCCCAGACAUGUGAUGUGGGCAUAACUGCUGAUAUAUCAUCAGAGGCUCGUUUUAUCUUACAUGAGAUCAAUGCCCUACAAGAGGCUGAUUGUCAGAUGAUUCUGCAAGAUGAUACUGAUAUGCAAGAUCUUCUUAUGGAGACCUUGUGGGUUCUUGCAAACAAAAUGGAAAAGUACUUCAAUCAAACUGGUGCUACCUACAGUGAAGGCAAAACCAAGACUCCUCUUUCUGUUUGUGCUGAGAAGGUAAAACAGUACAUUGCAAAAUUUGCAGAACUGAAAAUAACGCAAUGAAGACAUUUACAUAGAAAUGAAAAUUCUGCAUUCAAAACUGUUUGGAUGAAAACUUACGUAGACUUCGCAUUCCCAGGACGCAACGUAAAAAAAAUUUCGCCGUAAAUCAGAUCUCACAAUUUGCCACCGCAUUAGGCACAAUUUUUUUUUCUAAAAAAAAAUGAUAACUAUUAUGUGUCAAGUGCAGCCUUAGUACAGACGCCUAGGCCUGUAAGCAAGAUCUAUAUAUAUGGAGUUGAAGAAGUAGUACACUAAGCACAAAUAUUGUUAUUAAUGAAUAUUAAAAGAAGAUCCUUU